UUGUACCAACUGUAUGGGUUUGAUUCGUUGACGAGAAUGGAAUGAUGUCUUGAGUUCGAAGCUUCAGUUUUUCAUUCUCUCUCUCUCUCAGAUCUCUACUUUCUCUCUCUUCAUUCCAAUAACCAUUUCCCCUUUCUCUCAAUUUCUAGGGUUUUCAUUCUCUGCUCCAAUCUAUCUUCCCUGAUCUACGCGGCGCAAAGGGUUUUGAAGUGAUUGAACUGGAUUAGGGGUUGUGAUUGCUUAGUGUUGUUUAGGGUCAAGGAAUCGUGAAUGGAAAAGGACAAAUCUUUGGGUCUUGGCGGUGGUUUUCCACCUCCAUCAGGACGUUAUCCGGGUUAUUCACCAUCUGGAAGUGGUUUCAAUGUGAAAUCUGAACCCCCAUCAUCGUCCUAUCCGCCGCUUGUUCCUGGAACCAGCUCAGAUUCUAGUGGCUUUAGUCAUGAUAUAAGUAAAAUGUCUGAUAAUCCUCCAAGAAAUAGAGGUCAUAGACGUGCUCAUUCCGAGAUUCUUACCUUGCCGGAUGAUAUUAGCUUUGAUAGUGAUCUUGGUGUAGUUGGUGGUGCUGAUGGACCGUCGUUCUCUGAUGAUACUGAGGAAGAUUUGCUGUCCAUGUACCUUGAUAUGGAUAAGUUCAAUUCGUCUUCAGCUACGUCUAAUUUUCAAAUGGGUGAGGGGUCUAAUGCUGCCGGAGCAUCGGGUUUGGCGCCAAUGUCGGUAGGGCAGACAUCAGGAGGAGGUACCUCUUCUGGGGAAAAUAUGGCAGUUGGUACUACAAAUGAAAGGCCCAGAAUCAGACACCAGCAUAGCCAGUCCAUGGAUGGGUCAACAACAAUCAAACCUGAGAUGUUAGUCUCGGGUUCAGAUGACAUGUCCGCAGCUGAUUCCAAAAAAGCAAUGUCAGCGGCCAAGCUUGCAGAACUUGCCUUGAUUGACCCCAAGCGUGCAAAAAGGAUAUGGGCAAAUAGGCAGUCUGCGGCUAGGUCAAAAGAGAGGAAGAUGCGCUAUAUUGCCGAGCUUGAAAGAAAAGUGCAGACAUUGCAAACGGAAGCAACAUCUUUGUCUGCACAGUUAACUCUCUUACAGAGAGAUACAAGUGGACUGAAUUCUGAGAACAGUGAGCUGAAGCUGCGGUUGCAAACCAUGGAGCAACAAGUUCACUUGCAGGAUGCUUUAAAUGACGCGUUAAAAGAGGAAAUCACGCAUUUGAAAGUACUGACUGGGCAAGCUAUGCCACCAAAUGGAGGACCUAUGAACUUAGCUUCUUUUGGAGGAGGGCAACAGUUCUAUCCCAAUAAUAAUCAUGCCAUGCACACUCUUUUGGCUGCACAACAGUUUCAACAGCUCCAAAUUCAUCCACAGAAACAGCAGCAACAUCAGUUUCAGCAACAAAUACAACAGCAACAACAAAUACAGCAGCAACAAAUGCAACAGCAACAAAUGCAGCAGCAGCAGCAGGAACAACAACAAUCAGGUGACUUGAAAAUGAGAGCAACUACACCUCCAUGCCCGAAAGAUAAUCCUUCAUCGGAUGUAAAUCCUUCGGCAACCAAGGAUUGUUGAGAAACUGCGCAUUGUCGUAUAACUUUAGAUUUCGUUGUCUCAGUGUCCUAGUGUUGGUAGGUUGCAGCCUUGUUCUAUUUUUUAUUCUUAAACAGUACAAAUGUUUGUAGUUACAGAUUUAGAAUUAUGUGUUGCAUUUUGUUAUGUAUAAUACUAAAAUUUCUUGGCACCUCAGUUAAUUGGCUAUGGAUAAAUCGAUGUAGGGAUGAUUUUUGUCAAA